AUGUGCGGUCUUACCACGACUACCCUCGACGGGCUGAUCAGUCUGGCCUCUUCUCAGCUGAUUGACCUCGAUUAUGUUGAGUCCGUUCCCGAACCAACCUACACCAUUAUUCCUAAUCAGAGGGCACAAGUUGUCACAUACAAUCAGGACCCUGCAAUUGCUUCAGAUAGCUUCCUUGCGGAUGGGAAUCUGGCCAGUCAAGCCUUGAACGCUCGUACACCUGAUGGAUAUACUAGGACGUACCAGAACCUGAAAUCAUGUGUUCAGGCCAACGGAUACAUGGGAUAUACAAUCAUGUCUAGCUACAAUGUUCAGGAAUAUGCCGAUAGAUGCUCUCGCACUAUUGGCUGCCAAGGCUUCAACACCUACUUUGAACGCAGUCCAAACAAGGUUCCUGGUCCUGCUUACCUCAAUCCAGAGGGUGCGGCCAAUCCCUUUUGUGUUCUCUGGGGAGUUCCCAUCACCCCCGAAAAUGCUCGCAACGAGGGUCAAUGGCGUGAGCAAUAUCAUGUGGUAAUCACCGCAUCUAACGGAUACGUGUUGACUUCGUCGCUCAACCCGCUCUCAAACAAGGCCAUCAAUGCCCCCAUCGACUGCAAUAACGACGACUCUUACAUGGGCAUGAGGCUGGUGAACGACAGCGCUCCCUUCGAUCCCCAGCGUUGUGAGGCCAUCUGCGAGGCUACCUCGCAAUACAACAUCGAUCACCUCGGAGAUGACCCCUCCAAGCUUCCUAGGCUUUGCAAAUUCUAUAACACUUAUAUCCUCAACAGAAACUCCUAUUCCCAAGGUGAUGCCGAUGCUGGCGCUUUCUGUACAUCUUUCAACUCAUACGUUGUGCCUGCAACAAGCACUAUUACAAGCUACACUAGCACCACCACCAUUGAGGCCUGCGGCGCUUCCACUGCUCCUGCCAAGCUUGAUGGGGAAUCAGGUGCUAUUCUCGAAGCUGUUGUCGCCGUCUACCCUGAAAAGGUAGAUAAUGCUACGGUCACUGGAAGCGCACCUGCUAUGGUAACCAUCCCAGCCGAGCAAUUGGAUGCACCUGGCGUAUACGCCUCAGCUUCUUCUGCAGCGAUUGCUCAGCUUACAGGAUCAGAUUCCGACUCCACAACUCCGGUAUCCCCUACAUGUUCUUCCGCUGCGGUUACCCCCACCAGCACACCUAGCUUUACUAGCCCAGCAUCUGCUGCUGGUCUUGUUAAGCAUGCAGUAGCAACACCACCGAUCUUUGCUGGACGCGACUCCCGAGAGAUUUCUAGCGCUUGCUCUCGUAUAAUCAGCACAGUUACACCAACUGUCACAGUGCAGGCACAAGCUACCGAGACGACCUACAACAACUGUGCCCAAUACCCCACUACCUGCCAAAAUGAUUCACUACCUCGUAUAAUUGCUGGAUCUUUCAGCAGCUCUUCUCAAAGCAUCGACGACGGUUACUUCACUGUUGACCUGCCAUUUCAGAUUUGUAUCUAUGGGACGUUUAGUACAAGGGUCAACCCUAGUAACAACGGCCUCAUCACGCUCGGAGACUAUGGCGUAGCAGACUUCUUCAACUAUAAUAUCCCCAAUUAUAUGAGCGGGGCAGUGCUUAUGGCCUUCUGGGAUGAUCUCUUCAUUGUUAGGGGCAAGCAACACUACAUGGACUAUAGCCUCUGCGGAGAUGCAGGCCACCGCACUGUGACGUUCGAUUGGAGAGUUACUUACUGUUGCGAUUCCACAGGCAACGCUAUAUACAGAUUCUUUGCGACAUUUUUCGAGAACCAUCCUGGUCGCGUGCGAUUGAAUUACUUUUGUACACCGGACCAGGGCUUCACUAGUGGACGACAAACCUUUUACAAGUAUUCAUACGACCAACCUUCAGUCAACAGUGGCCUCAAACUAAUUUUUGAUCCUGCUGCCAACUAUUUCGGCGAGGCUCGAACUAGUCCUUAG